AUGGCCGCCCGCAUCCUGCACCGCCUGCGGCACGCGUUGGGCGCGGAGGGCGCCCGGGAGGAGCGGACACACGACGGCGUUGAGGCCGAGGACUGCCCCGAGAGCUCGGAGCUGGAGGACGACACCGAAGGGCUGUCCACUCGCCUCAGCGGCACCCUGAGCUUCAGCGGGCACGAGGAGGACGAGGACGAGGAGGAGGAGGAGGAGGACGGCGGCGGCGGCGAGGAGCUGCAGGCGGGGGAUGCCGCGCAGGACGGAGGCAGGUGCUGGGAUGGGUGCCCUGGGCUCCCGCCGCCCCGGCGCCCGCUGAGCCCUUCUCCCCGCACAGAGUGGGGCCCGGCGGCGCGGCCCGGCAGCCUGCUGACCCGGCAGCUGCAGGAGCUGUGGCGGCGGUCGCGGAGCAGCUUCGUACCGCAGCGGCUGCUCUUCGAGGUCACCAGCGCCAGCGUGGUCAGCGAGCGCUCCUCCAAGUACGUGCUCUACACCAUCUACCUGAUCCGCUCGGGGCACUUGGACAAGGCUCCCGCCGCCAUCUCCCGUCGCUACUCGGACUUCGAGAGGCUGAACCGCCGCCUGCGCGGCCGCUUUGGCUGCGACAUGGCGGGCAUCGCCUUCCCCAGGAAGAGGCUGCGGCGCAACUUUACAGCCGAGACCAUCGCCAAGCGGAGCCGAGCCUUCGAGCAGUUCCUGUCCCACCUGCACUCCAUCGCCGAGAUCCGCCGCUCCCCCGAGUUCCUUGAAUUCUUCUUCCUGCAGGACCUGCGCGCCGCCCAGCGCCUCACCUGCACCGGCAUGUACCGCGAGGCUCUGGCCACCUGGGCCAACGCCUACCGGCUGCAGGACCGCCUGGGGGUGUGCGGCUCUGGCCGCUUCCUCCUGACGCUGGCCGGGUUGGUCGUCUGCCACCAGGAGUUGGACCAGCUGGGUGAAGCCCACGGCUGCUGCGAACAGGCGCUGCAGCUGCUGGAGGCCCAGGACAGCCACCCACUGCUGGGGCCCUUCCUCCAGGCUCACGUCCACCUGGCCUGGAAAGUGGGCAAGGACAAGCGGCGGUCGGAAGCCCGGCUGCAGGACCUGCAGGAGGCUGGCGUGCCCUUGCAGCAGCAGCCCAGCCUGAAGGAGUGUCUCAUCAAGGAACCUCUGGAGUGAGGCUAGGGGCCGUGGGGUGCAGACAGUUUACGCUCUGGGGCGGGAGAGGGAGCAGAGAGGGUUGGGAUGGGGCACAGAGGCAGAGUUGUGAUGGCACAGUCUGUAUGUGGUGGCUGGGAUCAGGGUUGGCCCCUCUGGGAGCUCUCUCUUGAAAAUGCACUUUCUAUAUCAGUUUUUCCACCUGUGCUGGGUGCUUGCUGCUCACACUACCUGUCAGGAGCCACCUGCUCCUUGGGGUUCUCAAGACAGACAGGACUUUAGCUGAGACACACUGGCACUGCAUUAAAGGGACAGAAAGGCUUCCAGCCAGGAAUUUCCAAUAACAGAAAAUAAAAAGGACUUUAAUAAAGCCGUGACAGGAGAAAGAA